GCGAGCAAACAUAAGGGUAGUAGUCACUUGAUGCGAUAUUACUAUUAAACAAGUGCAUGCAAGGAUCUUUCCACUGGUGUAACAAGUAAAUAUGUUGUUGAAAUAUUAUUCCGUCGUGAUACUGUGUUUUUCCGUUGUCAACGGAGAACCUGGAGAACCUAAAUGUUUUUCGAGGUUUGACUAUGACGAGAAAAUGUUAAUGAAACAAUUAAGAUUCGAAGACAAAGUUCAGAAAUUUGAGGAUUUUAUAAACAGAUUAAAGGCGCGAGAAGAAAAUGAAAAAGAAGAACGUUCUAAGUUGUUUGCAGCAGAGUUAGAGAAAUAUAAACAAGAGAAUUCGGAAGAAGUUGAACGACAGAAAAUUGUUACGUCAGAAAUGCUCGAAAAUGUUGAGAAUUCUAAGAUGGAGCUUGAAAACGUCCAUAAACAGAUAAAUGAGAAAAUGAAAGGGAAAGUUGUGGCUUUCACAGUAAUGUCACCUAAGGCGGGUGCUACAUCAGACUCUAUGUCUUUUUCAAUGGUCAUUACAAACGAAGGGAACGCGUUUGAUACAUUGACUGGCAAGUUUACAUGUCCUGUUAGCGGGCUCUACUACUUUUCCUUACACAUCAUUAAAAAACGGUCACCCAGUGUCAGCUUUGCCGGAUGUGGCAUUUAUCUGAACGGAUCAAAUACAUUGGCAGCUUACACAAAUCCACAGGACGGGUCAAAUGGUGCAGACAACGGAAGUUACGGAGCUUCGACAUCCGUGUAUUUAAAAUUGAAAGUUGGAGAUGUGGUGACGUUAGAUAGUUGCAACAAGGGUAUAUCCGACCGCGUAGAAGAAUAUACGUCAUUCAGUGGUCAUUUAGAACAAGAAGUUUAUUAACUUAUACGUAAUAUCAUACAUGUAUGUAUUUUUAGACAUUAAAUGCAACAAAUCUUUCAAGAAACGGCCAUAAUGUGAUGAAAACAACAUUUACGGUUUUUUAAUGUGUAUAAAAAUGUUGUUUUUUUUUUUCAGAUAUAGCUUGAUACAAUUUAAUUUUAAAGUUCCAUCAUUAAUUAUACUGGUCCAUGAGAUACCUUCAUGCUUGAAAUGGGAAAAAUGCAAAUUGCGGUUUAAAAUAUAUUCCAGGAAUGUACAUAUAAAAUACCUAAAUGACUGUAAGUAUGGUACUUUUGAUUGUAAAAGCAAAUAGCAAAUACGGUAUUAGAUUGUCGACAGAAAAUUGUUUGUGGUUUCAAAAAAUUACUACAGCGUUAUUUAUAUUUAACUAGUUUGUUGGCAAAAUAUUUUAUUAUCUUUGUUGAAUUGUCGUAAAUUUGUAUAUAUGUUUAAUAUUUAAGUAUUCUUGUUUUGCUCUUCAUUCAAUGGAGGAAUAAAAGAUAUAUACAGAG